CGCAGAGCCUAGGAGACCUGGAGGGCUGAGCUGCCCUUUAGACCUCGGGCAGAGAGUUGUCCAGCGGGGCACGAAUGCACCAUGGCAGCAAUAGGUGCCGCAUCUCCCCAUUGCCGAGGCGCUGCGGUCACUCACAGCAGUCCCAGGGGCAGGCGCCCCAUCGUGCUGUGAUGCAGCUGCAGGCAGCAGUGGGCGGUGAGCCGAGAGGAACGCGAGCAGGAAGCAGCGUCAGUGCACGAUGGGUGGCAGGGGGAGCCCAUCGCUCCCGGCUCACCCCGAAGAGUUAACUACAUGUUGUCGGCUCGGAAGCGACCUUAUUCCCCAACAAGGCCCUGAGAGCAGCCCCAGGCUGUGAGCGGAGGAGCGGGGCGCUGUGCCGGCCUCCUCUGGGCCGGCCCUGGGAGGAUGGUCUGUGCGCAGGUAGAGACGAGCCCGAGGCGGUGCUGGCAGAAGGUGCUGUACGAGCGGCAGCCCUUCCCCGAUAACUACGUGGACCAGCGGUUCCUGGAAGAGCUGCGGAAGAACAUCCACGCCCGGCAGUACCAGUACUGGAAUGUGGUCUUCGAGUCGGGGGUGGUGGUGCAGCAGCUCUGCAGCGUGUGCGUCUUCGUUGUGACCUGGUGGUACAUGGACGCCGGGGUGCUGAGCCCGCAGGGGCUGUUUGGGGCGGCCCUGCUCACUUCUCUGCUUGGCUACAUCCUCUUUGAUGCCAUCGACGCCGGGGUCGGGCGGCAGGAGAGCGGGCGGACGCGGUGGGCAGACCUGAAAAGCACGCUGGUGUUCACUGCCUUCACCUACGGCUUCUCACCGGUGCUGAAGACGCUGACAGAGUCCAUCAGCACAGACACCAUCUAUGCCAUGUCAGCCUUCAUGCUCCUCGGCCACCUCAUAUUCUUCAACUACGGUGCCAACGCCGCCAUCGUGUCCAGCACGCUGUCCCUCAACAUGGCCAUCUUUGCCUCGGUGUGCCUGGCCUCCCGCCUGCCUCGCUCCCUCCACACCUUCGUCAUGGUCACCUUCGCCAUGCAGAUCUUCGCCCUCUGGCCCAUGCUGCAGAAGAAGCUGAAGGCCCAGACACCGUACUGCUACGUGGGGGUGACGGUGCUGUUCGCACUGCUGGCCCUUGUGGGGCUGGCGAGCGUCUCCAGCGUGGGUGCUGUGCUCUUUGCCUCACUGCUGCUCUCCAUCUCCUGCCUCUGCCCUUAUUGCCUCAUCCGGCUCCAGCUGCUCAAGGACAACAUCCACGGGCCGUGGGAUGAGGCUGAAAUCAAGGAGGACCUGUCCAGGUUCCUCAUGUAGGCCUGGCCAGGGGGAAGCAGUGCCCUCUGCUGUGAGGGGCCUCUUUGGGACACAGCUCCAAGGGGACACCUAAUCCAAUAAAGACUCGCGCUCUAGCAGGGA